AUGGACACUAAUGGUAGUGAUGUCAGAUACAAGUUAGAUACUGGUGCCCAAGUUAAUGUCUUACCAAAAUUUCAGUAUAAUAGGUUGAUACGAAAGCCAAAGUUAAAGAAUACGAAAGUGAAGCUAACUGCUUAUAAUGGAACUAAUAUUCCUGUUGUUGGAAAGUGUAUUGUUCGAGUUGCCCAUAAAAAGAAUCGUGAUGUACCUGUUCUGUUUAUUGCCGCAGAAACGACUUCACUACCAAUAUUGGACCUUUCUACAUGUGAGAACUUAAACUUAGUUAAAUGUGUGAUGGUAGUAAAACCAAAGGAGGAACAAUUGCCCAGCUUCAUCUCUGAAUUUGAAUGUUGCUUUGGAGAACUUGGUAUUCUGCCCAAAGUUCAUAAGAUGGUUAUUGACCCUAGUGUUCCGCCAGUUAUUCACCCUCCACGACGUGUUCCUAUAACCAUCCAACCUAAACUUAAAGAAGAACUUGACAGAAUGGAGAAACUUGGGGUUAUAUCCAAAGUCACUGAGCCAACAGAUUGGGUUUCAAGUCUAGUAGUUGUUGAAAAGCCAGAUGGAAGUAUUCAUAUUUGCCUUGAUCCGAGGGAUCUAAACCAAGCCAUCAAAAGAUCUCAUCUACAACUACCUACCGCAGAGGAUAUUAUCUCAAAGAUGACUGGUGCUCGGUAUUUUUCAAAGCUGGACGCUUCUUCAGGAUAUUAG